AUGGGGCUGGUUGACAACGAAGUCGAGGGCCGGCUUGCUCUCGUCACCGGCGCUUCUGGUGGAAUUGGAGGUGCCUGCGCCAGAGAGCUCUUUGCCAACGGGGCGCACUUGGCCCUGACCUGUUCGUCUGAAGGUACCCGGAGCAAGCUCUCGGACCUUCAAAACGACCUCCGCUCAGAACAGACUAAGGACAGGCGAAUCUCGUGUCAUGUGGUCGACAUGUCUUCAUCCAAAGGCAUCGAAAAGCUUUUUGCGCAAAUCCUCGACGAGCACGGGCAACACCCCGACAUCCUCGUCUCCAACGCUGGCACGGCUGGCUUCAACAACAAGGCAAACCCGCAACUGGAGAAUAUCUCUCUUGAAGAGUUCGACUUCACCUACUCCAUCAACCUCCGCGCUUCAUUCCUGCUCUGCAAACUCGCCAUGCCCCAUAUGGCUGCGCAGCACUGGGGCCGCAUCAUCUUCGUGUCGUCCAUCUCUGCCAUUGGGGGCGGCAUCAACGGCUGUCACUACGCUGCCAGCAAAGCCGGAUUGACUGGGCUGAUGAAGAACCUGGCUUCCAAGCAUGCCAAGGACGGGGUCACGCUGAACGAUGUAGCACCGGCCAUGAUUGGCGAGACGGGCAUGAUACCCGACGAGAAGCGCGUCGAGGGCACGCCGGGAGAUGUGAAGAACAUCCCCGUUGGCAGAUUGGGAACCCCGCAGGAGUGCGCUAAUGUCGUGAUCAUGCUGUGCAAGACUGGAUACUUGACGGGCCAGAGUAUCUUGCUGAGCGGCGGUCUGAAGUGA